AGGGAUACUAUAUAUGUCAUCUGUAUUUUUGUAAUUUAAAAGUAACAUUGCAUCUAAAUUUUCAAAGUGGACCACUAACACGUUUUGAGUAUAUACAUCAGAAUUUGUCAAACCACAAUUAACUGCGUCAAACAAGAAAAAUUGAUCUUAUGUACUUCGCAAAAGUAAGUUGCACAUAAGAGACUAAUAUUUUUUCCGAUAUAGAGACUAAUAACAAACCUAAAUUUCUGUAGAAAUAACAAUAUUAUAAAACUUCAAAGCCGACAAAAAUUAGGAAAGAAAUAAGAAUACAAUUUACCGAAGAAAGAAUAUAAUAAAAAUACAGUAUACCAAGGAGAGAGAAAUGUGCUAUAAAGGAUAAAGCCCCACUAAAGUCUGAAGCUAUCACGCAUCUUAAUGUAUAAAAUAUUAUUUUCUAAGAGGCAAUACAAAUUACCUGAUGCAGUAUUUUAUUUUCACCAAGUUUAGUAUUACUAUACGUUUGUAAAAUGUUUAACGGUACAACUUGAUGAUACUCACGAGUCAGUUUUAGAUAUAUACGUGUGUGUGCUAAUACGAGCAGAUUUAUUAAAAACGUAUUAGCUGUCUAACAGUUAAAUCCAAAUAUAUAUUAUACCUACGGAUUUGACAUACAAAUACAGAGUCAACGACUCAACAUCCAACUAAUUGAUGUAUAUAUAUAUAUAAUAUGUAAAGGUAUAAAGAAAACCAAAGUUGGAUUUUUAUUUUAUUUUUCUAAAACCUCGCUUACAUCAUAGGGUAUCCCAUUAGGUUGGUGUACCAUGUGAUGAUUCUACCACCGAAAAAGCAAAACUCAAUUAAAAAUAUAUCUGUGUACUUACAAAUACAUAUAUAGCAAUGAAAGAUUUAACACAUCUCUAUAUACAAAACAUGGUGUACGUGAUAAUAAUGUGAACCAAAUCAUUCUGAUUUUUACUGCAGUAAAAUUUUGAAAUGGGGAAAAAAGAAUGUUAGGGUUAAUAAUCUUAUCAUUUAUUGAGGAAAUGGGCUCGUCUAGGGUAACAUCACCUACCCAUACAAUAUUAUCAUGCUUUUAGGGCUUUUAUUUUUUCUCUCUGGUCCCACAAUCUUCUCCACUCUCACUUCUUUCACGUCGCCACACGCUCCAAUCUCUCCCGUCCUCCGUGCCGACGCUCCCUCUCCGAUCCGCGCCACGGCCGAAACGUGCCCACACGCAAAAAGAAAGUCCCGUGAUAACCACGCGCGCGCCUAGGGUUUUCUUUUUUUUUCGGACACAACAAAUGGGUUGUGAUAAGAACCGCAGAUUACGGCCACGUGGAGGUCUAUAGUUGGUACCUUGUGCCCCAUCCUAUCACACUGAAACGUCAAUAUAUAAUUUUUCAACGUAAAAAAGAUGGGUUUCCUUAUAUAAAGAAAACACUGAAAUCUUGUGAAAAUAAAUUAUUUUAUCUUGUUGUUUAAUUUUCGGAUACCUAUUACCCUAAUGAAAGCUGUUUACAUUAAUGCUAAGAUAUUUUCACUAAAAUAAUAAAAUAUUGCAUAGAUAGAAAUAUAUCUUUUUAACUUUUGACCUAUACAGAUACAUAUAUACGUGUACACAAUAUAUAGAAAGGUACUCGUGUAAAUGGAAAUAGGCAGACCAGAUGGUGACUUGGCAGUGUCAUGUUCCACAGAUGAGUUGUUUUUUUAUUUUUAAUAUAAAUUAAUUUUUAUGGCAAUAAAGUAUUAAUUUUAUUAAAAAACACUCAUUUCGACGCAAUAAAACCCUCAUUUCAAGGAUAAGAAAGCUUCGGUUUCCUCUCUCUUCUUUUCUCAACAGUCUCUCUCUCUAAGCCAAAGAAAAUAAAAGUCCCCCUUUCUCUCUCUCUCCCUCAGGAAACGUCGUCUUAGGGUUUCUGGAAAAUUCGCAGUCAAAUUCUACUCAUCUCCCGAAGAAUCAAUCAUCGAAACUUAUCUAAUCCUCUUAUCGUCAAGCUUCUCAAUCUCCCGAUACGGUUUUCAUCGCUUGCCGCUUAAGAUCGAGCACGAAUCUCGCAUCUUGAUUCUCUGGUUCGGAUUCUCUUCAGCUCUAGGUACGUAGAGAGUAUAAUGGUGGAAGUUAAUCAUCAUUAAGGCAUAUAAUCUCCUUCAAGCAAAUCAAUGAGUUCCUCCAUUAAGAUCAACUCGAUAUCAAUAGAUCUCGCAGGCGCUGCCAACGAGAUUAAUAUGGUAAAAUGUGAUCACUUCUCCAUACGUGGAUUCGUAGCUGAAACGCGUGAGAGAGACCAUAGAAAAUGUUGGCCAUUCUCAGAAGAAAGUGUUACUUUGGGGAAUCAACAAAGCUAUCCCCUUCCUUCUUUAUCUGUUCCAAAGUUUAGAUGGUGGCGUUGUAUGAGCUGCAUCAAAGAUAUCAAUGCUGAUGGGAUAAAGGAUUUAGGACUGCAUGCAAACUCAACAAGUAUAAGCGGGGAAAAGCUAGAUGAAACCUCUUCGGUUAUCCCUAGUCAAGGCAAAUUGAAUCCACUAACUAUCACCGAUCAGGAGAGAGAAAGGGACAAUGAUAUUGCAGGUAGUGCUGUUGUGGAGAAUGAGAAUGUAAACUGUGAAAGAUCUCAGAAGGAUGAUCAGACAGUUGCAGCUACUACGUUAGUCAAGAAAGUUCAUCCUCCAUCUAUGGAUGCUUCUACUGUUAGAAACAAGAUCAGAAAGCUUGCGAGUCGAGAACAAGUAGGCAACAAGAGAUCUAAAGUAAGCAACUCAUCAACGGAUACUAGCAGCUGGAAAGAGAAACAAAACGUGACAACUUUUGCAUCAUCAGAGAUAGCUGGUGUGGUUGAUGAUACACCACCUAAGGCAAUCAAGAAUCGUCAUAAAGACGACAAGGUGUCAUCAGAGAGUAUAAAUCUUGGGUUCCAGCGUAGGAAAACUCGCAAGGUUCGUCUACUCAGCGAGCUGAUAGUUGACCCCGAGACCAAAGCUACUGGUGGUAGUAACAAUAUAAGACAAGAAGAGUCUUCUUCUUCUUCGAAGGCUAGAGGUAGAAAAAGAAAGGUACCACCUGAAAACAACUAUGUCAGCCGGAAACUAAGCAAAGGCGGCGCAACUUCUGAUCAAGGUGAUAGUGAUUCAGCAGAUAGUGGGUUUGACAGAGAUCUUAUUAAGGGUAAGAAGAAGAACAGAAGAUUCCAGGUUGUUGACGAGUUUGUACCAUCACUUCCUUCUCAAGAGGGAGUCCAUGAGAAUGAUGCAGCAGGUCCUAGUAAGAGUGCUUUAUCCAAGGAUAAAGAUUCGGUUCCUCAGAGAGCAGAGAAGAAGCUCAAGAAGAAGAAAAACAAGCCUGCAAUAAAGGAUAACGAGAAGAGUAGCCUGAUCAGUUUUAGUUCCAUAAAUACAAGCUACCAAUCUCCUAGAGAUUUAAUGAAUGAAGAAAGGGUAGGUAAUUCACUUGACGACCGUUUGGCUGCAGAAGGGUAUUUCAGAAAACCUAUCCCUCCUCAGGUUAAUGAUAGGCCGGAGAAUGCACAUGUGAGGCAAAGAGAUGCAGAAGCAAGCAGUCUUCAAGAGUUUGGUUCCUCUUCUAGACCAAACACAGGUGGAUGGUUGAGAACUGGAGUGGAUGCUGUUGACUUCAGCACCAACAACAACAACAAUACUGAUAAAGGCUUUGCAGAUCUAUUUUCUGUGCUGCAAAAGGAAGCUUCUGGUGCAGACAGAAAGGGGAAGACAGUAAUGGUCCAAGAACAUCAUGAACCACUCGGAAGCCAAAGCCAUGAUAGAAAUGAGAACACACCUGAAGAGGCAAACGAUGAUAUCACCUUGGAGAUAGCCGAGCUCAUGGCUAAAAACCAAUACGAGAGGUGUCUUCCUGACAAAGAAGAUGACGUAAGCAACAAGCAACCACCAACACAAGAAGAGACACCACACAGAUCCAAGAACGCUCUCCUGAUUGAUCUUAACGAAACCUAUGAUAACGAGACCUCACUGGAGGAUAACAACAACAACACAUCAAGACCGCAGCAGAAACCUCUAGACUUCUUCCCAUUAAGACAGCCUUACGUGCCUUCUUCUCCGUUUGGGAUCUUUCCUCCUCCUACUCAAGAGAACCGAUCUAACUCCAUCCGGUUUUCUUCUGGUCACAACAACCCCCAGUGGCUUGGGAAUGUGCCAGCAAUGGCUAACCAGCAUCCAUCUUCCUCCUCAUAUAGAGUGUUACGUGGGUGUAACACGUGCUACCAGAGUGUUCCUCAUCAGUACAGAGAACCAGCUUCUUCUCAUCAGAUCUGGCCACCUUCCAUUGUGCAACGACCACAGUGUCAUCAUCAUCAGACACCAGUUUCUUCUUUCAACAUGGAUCAGUCAACGAGGCUUGGUCCCACCAAUAACAAUACGUGGAACCUCAACUUUGUUACCCCCAACGGGAAGCAAAGAUGUGAUGGUAAUAGAUCAAUGGACGCUAAUGAGAGCUCUAUACCUGCAUUGAAUCUGCUCAGCCUUAUGGAUCCUAGGUUGAGAUCAUCAAACGCUCCCGUUGACCACCAUGGGAACGCUAAUUUCACUAGAAGGCACUUUCCACCGUCUAAGGAACGUAUAGGGAUUGAAACAGGGGACUCUAGUAAGACAGCUUACCCAAGUAAACAGUCUCCUUUCAAUUUCUACAGCAACGGAUACGCACCUGAGGCUUCCCGGAAGAGUUUCCCUAUCGGUCCACCGCUUGGUACGUCGUCGUUUUCGUUUCAAAAUGCACAAGCAGCAGCUCCAUGGAGUCAUCAUCAUCAUCAUCAUCAAGAGCAGAAAAACAAGAGCAAAGACGCGGUGUUUCCUGGCAGCAAUGACCAAGGGAGAUUCCAGAUUCUCAGGGGAUCUAACUCCGUGAAGCUCCCUUUGAAGGAAAUGAACCAAAAGAGGAGAGCAGAGAGCUCCAGUAACGCCUCUGCGUUGCCUCCUAAGAACAGUUCAGCGUCCUUUGUGUGCAGCGUGAAUAGAAACCCUGCUGAUUUCACCGUUGCUGAACCUGGGAAUGUUUACAUGUUAACGAGUGAGAAUCUCAAGGUGGUAAGAAAACGUGCACCCUACAAGACAAAAGCAAGCUUGUGUAAGGAGGAUGCAAUGAAGCAGAGUAAGAAGACAGUUGGUCCAGUUACAGAAAAUGCCUAAAGAUUAAUACAAAAUGGAAGAGGUUUCUUCAGGUAGUGAGAGGAAGAGGGAUGCAAAGAGGCACCAGUCCUGUUGAAGUCAAUAAUAAGUCAGAAAGGAAACAGUAAAGCGAAUCUUCUCUUACUUCCUGUUCUUGGAUACACAUCUCUUUUUUUUUCCUUGUGUUUGAUCACUCAUGCUUGGUAACAUUUAGCGUGUGUAUAUACCUUAAAUUACUGUACUACCCUUGAUAGGUCUUGUUUUUCUUAAGAUAUUUUUGCUGCGCUCUUUUAUUUAUACAGUCACUAUUUAUACCGCUGGCAUUAUCUUUUUCUUUUUCGGUCUAAAUGUUACCGUUACGACCGGUAUGAGUUGUCUUUUUACAGUGUCAGCUUUAACAACGUCACAGGAAAACCUAAAAAUAACUCUUGUAAAGUUUUCACUUAUCUGAAGAAAACUCAAGCAAGUUAAUUUUAAAUUUCCAUCUUAAUUUUUGUUUGCAAAGUAAUUGUGAAUUAACUACAGGUAGGUGGUGGACUUGUGGUUUAAAGUCACUAGUAUAAGUUUAAUUUGGAAGAUGUAAUUCACGCCUUAAUUAUGGUAUUCUCAACGGUUGGCCAUGUAUAUGGGUUAGAUUAUGAACUACAAGUUUGGACUUUCUAAAAUUUAUCAAGAAAAAAUAUUCAAUUAAAAAGCCAAGAGUUGUUGAACAAUAUGCAAAAAAACAAAAAAAAAACAAAAAAAAUUAAUUA